AUGCUUUUCCAAACCCUCCUCCUUGCUUCGACGGCUUCGGCCACUUGCAUGCACGGCUUGUCCUUUGCUAAGCGCGCAACGACUGAUGAAAUCAAAAUCAGCACCUUUGGCUAUGGCCCUCUUGACGGAGCCAUGAACUGGGCCUCCCUUGACGUUGCAAACGAGGCGUGCAGAAUGGGCAAGAACCAGUCGCCAAUCAACAUCGAUAACAGCAUCAGGCCCGCUCCCGCGCGUCCCGUCAUCUCUGUCCCAGAGGUCGACUCAAUGGACUUUCUCAACCUUGGUAGCACUAUUGAGGUUGUUGUAAACGGCACUACAAACUACGCUGGCACAGACUUCCGCAUCAAGCAGUUCCACAUGCAUACGCCUUCUGAGCACCACAUCAACCUAGAGUACUACCCACUCGAGAUCCACAUGGUGCACCAGGGCGUCAACGACCCCAGCCAACUCGCCGUCAUCGCCCUCAUGUUCGAAGUCUCAGACAAGAAGUCCUCUUCCAUCAUCAAGUCGCUCUCGGACUCGCUCCCCAAGAUCACAAAGCCCGGCACCAAGACGCCAAUCAAGGGCGGCAUCGACUUCUCUGACGUCGAGGACAAGCUCAAGAAGUCCGAAAUCCUCACCUACUCCGGCUCGCUCACCACCCCACCCUGCGCUGAGGGCGUCACCUUCCUCAUCGUCAAGGAGCCCCUUGACAUCUCCGUCGCAGACUUCAACGCCAUCAAGAAGAUUGUAAAGUUCAACUCGCGCGUCAUCCAAAACAAGCCCGGCUACCCCAACCUUGUGGAAGUUGGCAGCGUGUCUGGAACCCCCGGUGCCUACAUGCCCAACAUGACUCUGCCUGGCAACGCGACUGCGCCUGGCAACAACGCCACCGUGGCCAACGCCCCUGUGCCCGUCCUGUCCCCUAUCCCAUCCCCUUCUCCCGCUUAA